CCCCCACUCGCCACAACUAGAGAAAGCCUGAUUGCAGCAACAAAGACCCAACGCAGCCACAAUAAAUAACUAAAUUAAUUUUUUAAAAAAGAAUAUAAAUUAAGGGACUUCCCUGGUGGUCCAGUGGCUAAGACUCCACGCUCCCAAUGCAGGGGACCCCGGUUCAAUCCCUGGUCAGGGAACUAGAUCCCACAGGCCACAACUAAGUGUUCACACACCGCAACUAAAGAUCCCGUGUGCCACAAUUAAAGAUCCUGCAUGCCACAACUAAAAGAUCCCCCAUGCUGCAGCUAAGACCUGGCACAGCCAAAUAAAUAAAUAAAUAUUUUUUUAAAAAAGAAUUUAAAUUAAGAGACAAAGGCAUUAAGGGAAUCAAGUAAAAGGAGGAGCUCUAGGGUGAAAGUCCUCCAGCUCUAACUGAUGUGGUCCCUGGAAUCACCCUGAUUCUUGCCCUUCCUAAGGCUAUAGAUUUUGUAGGAGAUUCCAUGAGAACUAUGUCUUUAAUAUGAAAAUCAUUUUCUGGAGCUAAUUUGAAUAGGUGGUUCUGAGCAUAUAUCACAACUCUGCCACUUCUAUGUGAUCUGAAGAAAGUUAUUUAACCUCCUUGAGCCUCAUUUUCCCCAUCUGUAAAAGGGGAUGGUAAUACCUACCUUAUGGUGUCCUGGUGAUUAAAUGAGGUAGUGCAGUCUCAUACUAGCAUUUAUCAAGGAUGUACAUCCUUAUUUUUUUCCCUUCUCUGCCCAAAGGUCAUUGGAAAUGUCCAGAUACAGGCACUAUAUCAGUUAGGAUACAGAGCUCAACUGCAUGCAAUAGAGACCCCAAAUAACAGUAGCCUAAAUAAGGUAGAAAUUGAUUUCUUUCUCACAUGCAGUCUGGAUGAAAAUGGUCCAGGGCUGGUAUGGCGGCUCUGAGCAAUGAAUUCAUCAGGGACCCAUCUCUAGGGUGUUGCCCUCAUCAGCAUGGUCAAAAAUGGCUCCCCAUCAGGAUCAAAUUCCAAAUAGAAGGAUGGAAGAAGGAGGAAAGGAGAAAGAAAGGGCAUGUUCCUCCCUUCAAGGGCGUGGCCUGUCACUGCCACUUGCAGCUCAUUGGUCAGAACUUAGUCACGUGACCACACCUACCUGCAACAAGAGGUGGGAAAUGUAGUCCUUAUUCUGUUUGACCAUGUUGCUUGCUUAAAAUUGGAUCAGGAGUUUUCUUACUUUUCUUGAGAAAGGAGAAUGGAUAUUGAAAGACAAGCAAGAGUUCCUGCCACUGGUACCAAUGGAAUGGUCCUUUGACCUGGAGCUGAAUGAGUAGCCUCUCCCACAUGCGGAAGGAAAUCUUUGUGUUCAUAGGGGACCUGGACAGCUAUAAGGCAUGUAAUAUGGACCAGCCUGGGAAGAGCUCUAUAGAGAAUUUAUUUGCCCAGGUAAAUAAUGACCUAUUUGUGUUUUUCCCAAGGGAAUGGGCCCUAUCUUGGCACUGACGGGGGUGUCUGAAAGUCAAAGUCUUGGGUGUGGAGUAUUGGAGUCUCCAAUCAGUUCCUAGGCUGUGUCCUGUUCUGGGUUCCUUAGGUGAUAUCAAAGCUCACAGACUCCACAAGAUCCAAAAAGUCUUCCCUGAUCUGCCAGCUAAAAGAGGCUGCUCUCUCCUUUGAACCCCCAUCAUACCUGGAGUAGACAUCUGUUGGUUUUGUUGUCUGGCCUUAUUUUCUCUUCUGGUUUUCCUUUGACAGAACCGUGCCUUCUACAUUCUCAGUUGAUUUUGUCCCCACCCACAGGCCCCAGGAGUGGAUCCAGGACCAGUCUGAGACACUUCGUCAUUGCUACUGUGCUCUGUUCAAGACUGGACAUGUGAGCCAGUAUAAAUUAUAAGACCUAAUUAUGAGUGAUCAAAUCAAAUUCAUCGUGGACAAUCUCAAUAAGGAGCCUUUUAGGAAGAACUAUAACUUAAUCACAUUUGAUUCCCUGGAGCCAAUGCAACUAUUACAAGUUCUCAGUGAUGUUCUGGCUGAGAUUGACCCAAAGCAAGUUGUUGAUAUCAGAGAGGAGAUGCCAGAGCAGACAGCCAAAAGGAUGUUGAGCCUUCUUGGUAUCCUUAAAUACAAACCUCCAGGAAAUGCCACGGACAUGAGUAACUUUCGUCAGGGUCUGGUGAUUGGAAGUAAACCUGUGAUUUACCCAGUGCUCCACUGGCUUCUUCAGAGGACUAAUGAACUGAAGAAAAGAGCAUAUUUAGCUCGUUUUUUAAUAAAACUUGAGGUACCAAGUGAGUUUCUUCAGGAUGAAACCGUGGCUGAUACCAAUAAACAGUAUGAAGAUUUGAUGGAAGCCUUUAAAACUUUGCAUAAAGAAUGUGAGCAGCUCAAGACAUCUGGAUUUUCUACAGCAGAAAUAAGAAGGGAUAUCAGUGCAAUGGAGGAAGAAAAGGAUCAGCUCAUUAAGAGAGUUGAACGUUUGAAGAAAAGGGUGGAGACAGUUCAGAAUCAUCAACGGAUGCUUAAAAUAGCAAGGCAACUUCGAGUUGAGAAAGAGAGAGAAGAAUUUCUUGCACAACAGAAACAGGAACAAAAGAAUCAGCUAUUUCAUGCAGUGCAGAGACUGCAAAGAAUACAAAACCAGUUGAAAAGUAUGCGCCAUGCAGCAGCAGAUGCGAAGCCUGAAAGUUUAAUGAAGAGGCUAGAGGAGGAGAUAAAGUUUAAUUCAUAUAUGGUAACUGAAAAAUUUCCUAAAGAAUUAGAGAACAAGAAAAAAGAAUUGCAUUUUUUACAGAAAGUGGUUUCAGAGCCUGCUAUGGGUCAUUCUGAUCUUCUUGAACUUGAAUCUAAAAUAAAUGAAAUAAACACACAGAUCAGUCAGCUGAUUGAAAAGAAAAUGAUGAGAAAUGAGCCAAUUGAAGGCAAACUGUCACUAUAUAGGCAACAGGCAUCCAUCAUUUCUCGUAAAAAAGAAGCCAAAGCUGAGGAACUUCAGGAGGCAAAGGAGAAGUUAGCCAACCUUGAGAGAGAAGUGUCAGCGAAGACAAAUCAGACCCGUGAAUUUGAUGGCACCGAAGUUUUGAAGGGAGAUGAAUUCAAACGAUAUGUCAGUAAACUUCGAAGCAAGAGUACAGUUUUCAAAAAGAAGCAUCAGAUAAUAGCUGAAUUUAAAGCUGAAUUUGGUCUCUUGCAGAGGACAGAAGAACUUCUUAAGCAACGUCAUGAAAAUAUUCAACAUCAACUGCAAGCUAUUGAGGAGAAAAAGGGUAUAUCUGGAUAUAGUUACACCCAAGAAGAGCUAGAAAGAGUAUCCGCCCUGAAGAGUGAAGUUGAUGAAGUGAAAGGACGAACACUGGAUGACAUGUCUGAAAUGGUGAAAAAACUAAAUUCUCUGGUAUCUGAAAAGAAAUCAGCUCUAGCUCCAGUUAUAAAAGAACUACGACAAUUGCGUCAGAAAUGUCAAGAAUUAACCCAGGAGUGUGAUGAAAAGAAAUCCCAGUAUGAUAGCUGUGCAGCAGGCCUUGAAAGUAAUCGGUCCAAAUUAGAACAGGAAGUCAGAGGACUCCGUGAAGAAUGUCUUCAAGAUGAAAGUAGAUACCAUUAUACAAAUUGUAUGAUUAAGAACCUAGAAGUACAACUUUGUCGUGCUACUGAUGAAAUGAAGGCAUAUGUCUCUUCUGAUCAACAAGAAAAAAGAAAGGCAAUUAGGGAACAGUAUACCAAAAAUAUUGCUGAACAGGAAAAUCUUGGAAAGAAACUCCGGGAAAAACAAAAAGCUGUACGAGAAAGUCAUGGUCCCAAUAUGAAACAAGUGAAAAUGUGGCGUGAUUUUGAACAAUUGAUGGAAUGUAAGAAACAGUGCUUUCUGAAACAACAAAGCCAAACUUCCAUUGGUCAGGUAAUUCAGGAGGGAGGAGAGGACCGGCUGAUACUCUGAGUUCAUGUGUCAUUGUUUGGGGUUUUAGCUGAUACUGCUAGCUAUAAGCAUAAUCCCAUGGUGUAUUCCCUUUCUUGAAAGUGAUUUGUACAACAUUUUGCUUUCAGAUUAGCCAUUCCCUAUUAAGUUUUCUUGGAAAAUAAUGUUAAGGUAGAUUUAGGUUUUAAAAGUUUUUUAAUAUGGAAAAGAGUCCUUUAUUUUUUUGCUUAGUUUAGACAUAGUGAUGUCUUCUGUGUUUUAUGAGACAGGAGACUGAGUUUACUAUCUGUAAAUGUAAACAUAUGUCCAUUAAGAAACAUGUAGGUUUUUUUAAACAUACUAACCCAGUGGCUUAAUGUUUUUCUUAAUCUUUUUUUAACUUUAGAGGAAUCUUUUAGGAAUUAAUAUCUCUUGUUUUGAAGAAACAUUUAUCUGAAGUUCAGCAAUUCCUACAGUUUCACUUCAGUUUCUUUUUCUUAUGUAAAAUUCAAGAAGAUUUAUUAUUUUGAAUAACAUAUUUGUUCGAUUUGUAUCGUUUAAACACAAAUAAAACUU